AUGUCUGGCCGGUCGGGUUCAAACUCCCACCGUCGCCAUUCACGAGAACCCCUCGACGACUUUCCACCGCUUCCCAUACCGCCUCGACUGCCCUCUCUGAGAGCCCUCGCCCACGCCCAGCGGGAUCGUGACCGAGACAGCCCCUCGCCGACAUCCUCUAACCGCCCUCAGUCCCGGCAUUGGUCAGCCGCUUCACGCCGCGCCGACCGCAUCCGAAACCUGGAGAACAGAGCGCCGGGUCCCGGCUCUGGCUUUGACGACUUCGAACGGCCCAUGGACGACGGCUGGCCGACUUCUCGACGUACUGACCGCAUGCGGGCUGCCGCCGCCACCACCGAGAACACCAGACCCUCCAAUCUCGAAGACCUCGAUCGACACCUCGAGGAAGCCAACUCGCACCUGCGGGCCCUUCUCGAUCUCCAGCACCACCCGAGCCUUACCCCUCCGCUCAUGCCGCCCAACUUCUCUCCUUCACUCCGCCCCUCAGAUCUCCCUGACUCGAAUCGACGGCACAAGCGCCGGAAGCUGGAUUCCGAUCGUCUCGCGCCGGCCUUACGAGGCUUUCGUUAUGGCAAGUAUGGCCAGGUCGAGCAAGGAGACCUCAAGAUGGAAAUCGUCAGCUGUGACGGAGGCAUGUUCUCCAAUGAGUUAUCAUACGCCGCUGAGAAUAUCCUCAAAAACGACACCUCGGUGUAUUGUACAAAGGGGAACAGAUGCAACAUAGUAUUGAGACAUCAGGGUGGCACCGUUUUUACUCUCCAGGAGCUGGUCAUAAAGGCGCCUGCGCCGUCCAACUAUUCACAUCCCGUGAGAGAGGGAAUGGUCUUUGUGGCUAUGAGCCAAGACGAAGUGCUGAACCGGACGGCCCAGUACCAAAUUCAAUAUGCACAGCCAACGAAUGAACCAACUCAUGACGGCGACUCGAGAGUUCUUCAGCCCAUCCCAACUGAGAUAAUAUCAGUACAGCACCAUGAGAAUGGCACUACGACCACGAGGUCUCGGCCAGCAUACCCCUACCGCACCAACGCCGAUGAUCACGAAACGCGGACACCACAGAUGCCUGAAGAGUUUGCGUCCAACCUACCCGACUUCCAAGUCACUACUGAGUGCAGCGACGAUGAAGACGACGACUUUGACGGCCCUCGUUUCCUACGCCGUGCGCCGAACCGCAUCGGCUCCCUCCCCUUUGAAACCCUCGACUCUGACUCCGAUGAUGGCGGUAACCCCUUUGAUCCCGAAUAUCUCGAUGACCACCAUCCCUCCCACUGGCGCCUCUACAGUAGUGCUGCUAAUACUAGCGGCCCAGGGUUUGAUCCUCCAUAUUCGCGCCGCCGCGAAAGAGAGAGGGAAAGAGAAAGAGAGCGGGAUCGGGAUCGGGAUCGCGAUUACGAUCGCUCCAACCGAUCUUUCUCCCUGACAGAAGCUUGGGAAGCUCACGCCUCUGCUACGCAAGACGCCGUUCGAGCCGUUGGCGGUGGCCAACUGCUCUCUCCGCAUGCCCGUUUCAACAUAGAGAAGAAGAAGAGCAAAUGCACAAUUCGCUUCGACCCCCCUAUAUCAGGUCGAUUUAUACUUCUCAAGAUGUGGAGCUCCCAUCACGAUCCCACGAGUAAUAUUGACAUACAGUCUGUCUUGGCUCGAGGUUUUGCAGGACCUCGCUACUUUCCCUCGGUUGAGUUGCGCUGA